AUGGCGACGCCUCCAGUCGCCGUCGUCUGCGUUGGCAUGGCCGGCUCAGGCAAGACCACCUUCAUGCAGCGGAUUAACAACUAUCUACAUGUUAACAAGAAGAAGCCAUACGUGCUGAACCUCGAUCCCGCCGUCCUGAACGUACCCUUCCAGCCGAACAUUGAUAUUCGCGACAGUAUCAACUACAAAGAGGUUAUGAAACAGUACAACCUUGGCCCUAACGGUGGCAUCCUUACAUCUCUCAACCUAUUUGCGACCAAGAUCGAUCAGAUCAUCAACCUGUUAGAAAAACGCGCAAAUCCUCCGCCCGACAGUAAAGUCCCACCUCCGAAACAUUUCCUGGUUGACACACCUGGACAAAUUGAGGUGUUCGUUUGGUCCGCUUCAGGCAGUAUCCUCCUCGAAUCCCUUGCAUCUUCCUUCCCGACUGUCAUCGCAUACAUCAUCGACACGCCACGCACUUCCUCGACGUCAACAUUCAUGUCUAACAUGCUCUAUGCAUGUUCAAUACUUUACAAGACGAAACUCCCAAUGAUCCUCGUAUUCAACAAGACGGAUGUGCAGGAUGCCGACUUUGCGCGAGAAUGGAUGACCGACUUUGAAAAGUUCCAGGAAGCUCUUCAAGAGGAACAGAACAAGGGAGUCUUUGGCGGUGAAGGUUUCGGAGGCAGCGGCUAUAUGGGAAGUCUGUUGAACAGCAUGAGCCUUAUGCUGGAGGAGUUCUACUCACACCUCAACAUGGUUGCUGUGUCAAGCAUGACGGGAGACGGUAUCGACGACUUUUUCGAAGCAGUGGAGGAGAAACGAAAAGAGUUUGAUAGAGAUUACCGACCAGAACUGGAAAAGAGAAGAAAAGAACGAGAGGCCGAAAGCGCCACGAAACGAGAGCAAGACUUGACGAAGGUGAUGCGAGACAUGAACAUGAAUCAGCAACCCAAGUCUUCCGAAAACGCAGCGGCACCAAUAGAUCCGGCCGAUGAUGAAGAGGACGAGGACGAGAAUGACGCGGAUGAUUAUCCGGAUGUCGAACGCGACGAUGACGAUGAAGAGGUUCUGAAGCAGCGUUACAAGAAUGCUAUGCGUGAGCAAGGUAUUCAAGUGGAGGAUGACGACCCAACUGUUGCUCGGAUGCUGGCACAAGCGAAACGGGGAGGAUGA